AGUGUAUUUAUAUAAAUAAUUGAACAGAACCACGCGGACGACUUUCUCUCUCUCUUUUUUUAACGCGGUUUCCCCAAUCAUUCUUCAGAAGUUGGAUCAAAACCUUUUUCCCGUAAGGCGGAUUUCAGUCAGUCUAUUUAUUGAAGUUGUGAAAACUCAGCUAGUUGCCGUCAGAUCGUGAACUUGGUUCGCGUCUUGCCGCUUGCACUCGGUUCGGGGUUUCGGGAGAGAACUAGGAUGUCUGCGGUGAAAGCGCUGCAACAGUGGUGUAAGAUCCAGGUUCAGGGUUACAGAGAUGUCACUAUCACCAAUAUGACAACUUCUUUCAGGGACGGGAUGGCUUUCUGCGCCCUCAUUCACCGAAACAGACCCGACCUCAUUGACUUUGAUUCCCUGAAGAAGGAGAAUGUCUAUGACAACAACCACCUGGCGUUCCGGGUAGCGGAGGAUGAGUUGGGGAUCCCAGCUCUGUUAGAUGCUGAGGACAUGGUGGCCCUGAAGAUACCAGACAGACUCAGUAUUCUGACAUAUGUCUCACAAUACUACAACUACUUCCAUGGCAAAUCACCUAUUGGCGGCAUGGCGGGGAUAAAGCGUCCAGCGGAGGCAUCCACAGAAGAGGGGCCUUCUGGUAAAAAGAACCAAGCAGUUGUUUCCAAGGUCUUCCCCGCCUCUCCCCCCUCUAAAUCUGCUACUGAGAACCGCCCUCCCCCCUCCUCCUCACCCAAAGCCUCAACCAGACCAGACAGGGCAGCACAGAAGGAUGUGUUGUCGGAGCGCUCCAAUAAGACGGGGACUCUGAGCAGUAAGUGUUCCGUGUGUAAUAAACACGUUCAUCUGGUCCAGAGACACCUAGUGGAUGGGAGGCUGUAUCACAGGAGCUGUGCCAGGUGUAGUGAGUGUUCCACCACUCUACUGUCAGGUAACUGUAAACCUGGACCAACACCAGGCUCCUUCAUCUGUACCUCCCACCACCACCCCCAGGGGGCGCUGCCAACACACACCCCUCUCCGAGACCUGGCCAAAAACAACCCUACUACCCCUGCUGCAUCCAAAUACACCCCUCACCCUCCUCCCACUGUCAAGACCACCCCUCUCUCAGACCUCUCCAAGAAUAACCCCGGACCCAAAUACACAGACCCCUCGAAAUCCACCCCAGCUCCGACACCCACCAGUACCCCCUCCAAAUUUGGCCCUAGCUGGCUGAGCUCCAAAACCACCACCCCCUCUGCCGCCUCCUCGCGGCCCAGCCCGGGGCUCUCCUCCCCGGGCAUAGUGAGCCCUGCAGCCUCUGGACCCACCACAGUCCCACGGAGCUUCAACACUACAACUAGCGCCACCACUCCCACAGCAUCCAAGACCCAGCAGGCCCGGCUCCAGUUCUUCCAAUCUGGGAACACCCCCACUGGGCAGGAGAACCAGGGCAAGACCCAGACUCAGGGACAGGCACAGAGUCUACCCACAAAUAGAGUCCCGAACGCCGGCUCACAGGGGACAGUAGUGGGGGUUGGCCAGGGUGUGAGUAUGGGUGGGGUAGGGGGUAAGGGAGGGGGUUCAGGUUGGGGUCGGGAUGUGGUGGUAGGUGGGGACAGGGACGUGGUUCAGGGUAGAGGUAGCGUUGUCUUCAAGAUGGAUAGUGAUGUGAAAGCCUCUCCAUCUAAAGAAGACUGCAGUACCAAGACCCAGGCUGCUGCUGUCAUCACUAAGAAACUAACAGAGAGCAACAACACCACAGCUGGUGCUUCAAGCCCUCCCUGGCCCCCUGUAGGACUGAAGAAGACUGAGAACAGAUCUCCCUCUCUCAGACCUAUCCCUGCUGAAACACCUAAGAAAGAGACGGAGACUCCCAAAAAGGAGACUGGGGGCAGAGUUAAGCUAAAAGCAGACCCUUCUCUCCUCGUCCCCCUCACUCCCAACACCUCCACCCCAACCCCAGCCAGCAGAACAGGCCUGUGGAACAAACCCCUAGAUAAGGCACCCGGAGCUGCUUCUCCCAGCAACACUAUGGCAACAGCAGACAACAGCAGCUCUCCUGCUGACUGGCGGUCCAGACUCAAACCUGCCUCCAAGCCUGUAGGACCUAAAGACUCCUCUCCCCUCCACCCUGACAUUCAGAAGGCUGAAACCCUGUCUCGGCCCCGGGCCGGUGGAUCAGGAAACCUCCAGGCUUCAGUCCCUGCUGGGUCUACUCUGGCCCCCUCCAGCCCUCCAGAAGCCUCCUCACCCAGCCCGCUGAACACCGGCCCUGGGACACGAGGCGUUCUGACAGGGAAGAGCUCAACGACAGCCAACGGCCCCAACACAGACACCAACACACCUAAACCAGGUAAACCAGACUACAUCCCGAAGGAAGAGAUCCUCAGAGAGCUUCAGGAGAUAGAGGACAGUGUUAAUGAGUUGGAGAGGAAAGGAGUGGACCUGGAGAAACAACUACGCUCCUGUGAAGAGGAGGGAGAAGAGGACGUGGUGAUGGAUGACCUGAUGGUGGAAUGGUUCAACCUCAUCAGAAACAAGCAGGUGUCCAUGAGGAGAGAGUCUGAACUGGUCUACAUAGCGAAGACACAGGACUUAGAGGAACAGCAGCCCAGUGUAGAGCAGGAGCUGAGGAGACUCAUGGACAAACCUGAGCGACUGAAGACGUCGUGGGACCGUCGUAGAGAAGAGGAGUUGAUGGUCAAGCUGGUGGAGAUCGUCAAUGACAGGAACGCCAUCAUAGAAGGACUGGACGAUGACAGACUCAGGGAGGAUGAGGAAGAUGAGCAGCUCAGUAAGAUGAUGAAGAACCUAGGUCAGUCCCUACACAACACAUCUAGGAUCAGUUUGCCUUCUAUAACCCUUAUCAAACCCAAGGUCAGUCCCUACACGACAGGUCUAGGAUCAGUUUCCCUUCAAUUACCCUUAUCAGAACCAGCAGGGGAGAAAACUGAGCUGCUUUCAGUAUACAGCUUGACGUUUUAGUGAUUCUACACACAGCUUGACGUUUCACGGUGAUUCUACACGCAGCUUGACGUUUCACGGUGAUUCUACACGCAGCUUGACGUUUCACGGUGAUUCUACACGCAGCUUGACGUUUCUCGGUGAUUCUACACGCAGCUUGACGUUUCACGGUGAUUCUACACGCAGCUUGACGUUUCUCGGUGAUUCUACACGCAGCUUGACGUUUCGGUGAUUCUACACGCAGCUUGACGUUUCUCGGUGAUUCUACACGCAGCUUGACGUUUCUCGGUGAUUCUACACGCAGCUUGACGUUUCUCGGUGAUUCUACACGCAGCUUGACGUUUCUCGGUGAUUCUACACGCAGCUUGACGUUUCUCGGUGAUUCUACACGCAGCUUGACGUUUCGGUGAUUCUACACGCAGCUUGACGUUUCUCGGUGAUUCUACACGCAGCUUGACGUUUCUCGGUGAUUCUACACGCAGCUUGACGUUUCACGGUGAUUCUACACGCAGCUUGACGUUUCACGGGGAUUCUACACGCAGCUUGACGUUUCUCGGGGAUUCUACACGGGGGGGGUUCUGUAGAAACAGUAUUUGUACCUUAGUUGAAGGAAUAAUGCCUCUUCUAAAUGAAUGUAAAUCAUUCUGCGUGUUUAAACCCACUGCUUUGUCACCUUGACUUGACCUCUGGUGCAGCUUUUCAACUGCUCUGGUCUCUGUCUAACCUUUUCUUUAAAGAGCAACUGCUCUGGUCUCUGUCUAACCUUUUCUUUAAAGAGCAACUGCUCUGGUCUCUGUCUAACCUUUUCUUUAAAGAGCAACUGCCCCUGAAAACCAACUUCUCAUUUAGAAAACAGCCUCUGUGGCAUCUUUGAGUCAAACAUUUAUUCUACUUACAAAAUGCACUGCAAAAUGUAAAUGGAAUAAUUUAUGUCAUAACGUCAGUCUUGCCCCAAAAUGUCGUUUUGUGAGAUUUAAGGUCGUGACUGCGUCACAGCAUAAAUGAAGGUUGGGUGUGUUUCAAUCCUGCCCACAGCUGGCAGCACACAAGUAAUCAUCAAUUCGGAGUGCAGUUGUUUGCGACCUGAUUGCAAUGCCUGUGGUGAAUUUGUGUUGACUUAGCCCUAUGAAUAGCCCUAUGGAACCAUCAGUAAAUUGCAUAAUGUACACAAAAAUACAAUAGCUCCAAAUUUCAAUUACUUAACCUCAAACUAACUAUAAAUUGUAGAAAUUCAUAUACAGAUAUUGAAGUCAUUUAAUGAGAACUAAAAGGUGUGCUACAUGAAAAUAUGGUCUGAUUUACAUUGUGUGUAAUUUAUUGACGGCCCCUAACUAUCCCAAAGUCAAACCAAUUUUGCCACCUUCGCACAACAGACGGCUGAAGCUAAUUGGCUAAAUAAUUUGGCUAACCCUUCCCACCUGUGAACACACACAACACCCAUAUCAAACCACACCCGAAACAUUCUGUUACUGAUUUGGGGGUUAGUUUGGCUUGUGGUAGAGUCAGCAUGGCAGAAGUCGGCUUGGUGAUGUGGGUCUGCUUGGUGGAGCUGGUCCCAGACCGACGGGCUUGGUGGAGCUGGUCCCAGACCGACGGGCUUGGUGGAGCUGGUCCCAGACCGACGGGCUUGGUGGAGCUGGUCCCUGACCGACGGGCUUGGUGGAGCUGGUCCCAGACCGACGGGCUUGGUGGAGCUGGUCCCAGACCGACGGGCUUGGUGGAGCUGGUCCCAGACCGACGGGCUUGGUGGAGCUGGUCCCAGACCGACGGGCUUGGUGGAGCUGGUCCCAGACCGACGGGCUUGGUGGAGCUGGUCCCAGACCGACGGGCUUGGUGGAGCUGGUCCCAGACCGACGGGCUUGGUGGAGCUGGUCCCAGACCGACGGGCUUGGUGGAGCUGGUCCCAGACCGACGGGCUUGUCUCCCUCCUUGACUUAGACUCGACCUAUCUGGCUCGUAGUUCAGUUCUCUACUAGUACAGUGUGCCAGUUCAAAGUUCACAGCAGCGUGUUGUCAUGAACAGCACACUGACUACAGAUUGUCAUGGUUCUUAUUGUAACCUCUCUUCUUUUUGUCUGUCAAGGUAAAAAUCUGUCGUUCUGCCCCUGAACAAGACAGUUAACCCACUGUUCCUAGGCCAUCAUUGUAAAUAAGAAUUUGUUCUUAACUGACUUGCCAAGUUAAAUAAAGGUUAAAAAAAAUCUAAUAAUUGGUCCUGGAAUAUUUCUAACUAGAGAGACUUUAAAACGUUUUUUUUUUAGGUUUCUUCAAAACAAUCAACCUUAUUAUGGGUUUAAUUUUUGUAAUAAUGGAGCUGGUCAACCGGAGGGGAUCACUGAGAAGCCACCAGCAGAUUUGGGUUACAGCUCUUUAUAGCAAAGUACAUCCUCCUGAAAUGUUCAUGACAAACAACAGAUGUGUGGAAUGUUGUUCAAGGUGAGGUUUUGUUUGUGAGAGAGAAUGAACCCCCCAGACAGAUUGUUGUAAUUGUAUAGAAACCAGGGUUUGGCCCCAAAGACAAGGUUCCUCCCAUCAGCCGUCCACACCAGAGACAUCUCCUCCCUGGUAGCUCAUAGUACACAAACACCAAGUCAUUCUAUGAAAUACAGGCUGUAGGUUUUAUCACCAAGCCAUCAUAACUCAAUUGCCAGCGCCAAGCCCCAGAGGCCCAACUCAGUCUCGAGAGAGUACUGAGAAACUUUAUUCCAUGCAAUUUUCUACUGUAUGUUGUUCUUAUUGUAAUCUCUCUCUUCUAUUGUCUGUCGUGGUUCUUAUUGUAAUCUCUCUCUCCUUUUGUUUAUCGUGGUUCUUAUUGUAAGCUCUCUCUCUCCUUUUGUUUGUCGUGGUUCUUAUUGCAAUCACUCUUUUAGUUAUGGUUCUUUGUAACUUCUCUAACCACUUCUACUCUCUCAUCCCAUCCUCUCUACCUCUACUCUCUCAUCCCAUCCUCCUCUCUCUUUCAGACACAAAGAAAGAAAAGAAGAAGAAGUCUAGCUUUAAGUUGUUUGGUAGGAACAAGAAGGAGGGAUGAUCCCACGGGGAGGAACUCUGGGACACACUGUUACACUGCUUUAGAUGUGCUUAUUACUGUUUUGAUAGUUCAUGUAUUGAAGUCUGUUAGCUCUCUGAUUCAUGUUUCUAUAACAUGCUCCUGCCAUAUGUGUGUGACCCCUGAUUGUCAUCCGUCAUCACACUGUCCUCUGUGUCAGGCUGAAACCCAGUAUAACACCACACAUCCACACUGUCUGUCUGUAUGUAAUGUGUGUGUGUGUGUGGGUAGUUAAUCUGUAUGAUGGGGAUUAUGUAGGGAUUAGAAGAUAUCAAAGGAACUCUGGCCUCGCUGUCUAAUAAUGACUCACUGCUAAUGGCUUACAUCACUCACUGUACCGUGUGUCUGUGCCCUUUGCCCUCUGCUGUUUUAAAGCCAUGUUUACAGGCUAUAGAGAGACGUUGUUUUCUUCAGGAGUCGGACAACUCUUCUUAUGACAUACUAAUCAUCACGUUUCUCUGUAGCUUCAUCUGUCCAUGGGAUGGUUUAUCUUCUGACUCCAGAUCAGAUGUUAGCGCUGUAAUCGCCCCCUAGUUUGUUUUAGAAUGUUAUGUCCUGAAUCCAGAUCAGUCUUAUGAGCUUUUAUUAAGCAGCAUUUUGCAUUGAUCAAAGUUAAUGUGUAUAAAUGCUGGCCCUUCAGCCAAAGGGUUUUUAUUCAGUAUAAUAGACUCACAUUUACCAUUUAACAUUCUGUUAUAAUGAUGAUAGUGACAUCAUAUUCUGUAUAAUGAUCAGCGUGGUGCCUUAGUGACAUCACAUUCUGUUAUAAUGAUCAGCGUGGUGCCUUAGUGACUUCACAUUCUGUUAUAAUGAUCAGCGUGGUGCCUUAGUGACAUCACAUUCUGUUAUAAUGAUCAGCGUGGUGCCUUAGUGACAUCACAUUCUGUUAUAAUGAUCAGCGUGGUGCCUUAGUGACAUCACAUUCUGUUAUAAUGAUCAGCGCGGUGCCUUAGUGACAUCACAUUCUGUUAUAAUGAUCAGUGUGGUGCCUUAGUGACAUCACAUUCUGUUAUAAUGAUCAGCGUGGUGCCUUAGUGACUUCACAUUCUGUUAUAAUGAUCAGUGGUGCCUUAGUGACUUCAUAUUCUGUUAUAAUGAUCAGCGUGGUGCCUUAGUGACUUCACAUUCUGUUAUAAUGAUCAGUGGUGCCUUAGUGACAUCACAUUCUGUUAUAAUGAUCAGUGGUGCCUUAGUGACAUCAUAUUCUGUUAUAAUGAUCAGCGUGGUGCCUUAGUGACUUCACAUUCUGUUAUAAUGAUCAGCGUGGUGCCUUAGUGACUUCACAUUCUGUUAUAAUGAUCAAUAGUGGAAAACAGAAAUGUGGCCAGUUUUAGUCUUGUGGAGAAACCAGGAAAUGAAUGAUUUGACCAGGAAAUUAAUGAUUUGACCAGGAAAUGAAUGCGUGAAUGAUUCGAUCCAUAUUGGACCUGAGUGUGAAUGUGCUAUUCAAAAUGGUCAAUACCUGAGUCGUCUUUGAGGGAAAUUUGUUUUUGCUAACGGCACUUUUAAUAAAUGACAAGUAACUGUUUUCUUUUUAGAUGGUUGUGUCAGAAUUGAGAAAUUUUAUGAAUCGAGAUAAUUGUUAAAUGUCAGUUUUUUUUGUUUUUUUCCCCUUCUGUAUAAUUUGUGAGCUGAUUUGUGGUUUUAUCAGAAUGGAGAGUUGUCUUUCUAAUUCAACAGUGCUAUUGAAGGAGCUGUAAUCAACUGUGGAAGGCAGACUACAGUUGGACCAAAACCACUAAAAGCGUGUAACUGAUCCUCUGUUCCCAUGUGUCUCCCUGCAUAUACUGUCCUGUGUUUCUGCACUGUUUAUUCCUCAUAUCUCCUUUUUUCUUCAAUAAAUUCAAUAAUGAUAGAAAUGGUA